CAGAGAGGAAUAUUGUUAGUGCACGCGGUCCCGUCGUCAGCACGGUCAGAAUUUCAGCCCCAAGUGUUGCUUACUAUUAUUCAUAAUAGUCGUCCGGUUACUUGCCCGUUCCGAAUAUCAAUGAGUCCUGUAAAAGCCUUGGUCCUGGCCAGAUAGUACGAUGUGGUUACACGUGAACAGUUGAAAGGAAGAAAGCGUUAUUAAGUGGAAUCUUCAUUCAAAGUGAUCGUGUUACUUGGCGAGCUGUAGCUAACACACCUUGUUUUCUUACAUGUUCAGCAACAUUUUCAGAUUGCUGACAAGUUCUGUAGUUGUUUAAGUGAAGUGAAUAUUAGUUAUACGUUUUUUUGUUGUAAUCUGAGAAGAGCAGAGAAAUUGUGAGGUCCCGCUUGUCACUGAUAACAUUCAAGGAGCCUAAAGUCCAGUUGCAGUCAUGUCGAAGAAGAACUCAAAAUUAGAUUUGGAUAAUGAGUACUACAAAGCAUACGAACGCGAAAAGUUCAAUCUGCGACGGUUUCUUCACAAUCCCAACGAAGGAACCUACCUAGGACGCACGACAGUUUCAUGGGCGAAAAUUGGCAUAUUUUACGCCGUAUUCUAUGGAAUAUUAGCUGCACUGGUGGCAAUAUGUAUGUGGGUAUUCUUCCAAACGCUUGAUCCUCGAAUACCAAAGUGGACACUAAAUAAAUCUAUAAUAGGCACAAAUCCAGGUCUUGGCUUCCGACCGAUGCCUCCGUCUGACAAUGUCGAGAGUACGUUAAUUUGGUACCAAGGAACUGACUACAACAAUUACAAAUACUGGACAGAAUCAUUAAAUGAAUUCCUUGCUGUGUACAAAAUUCCCGGUCUAACGCCUGGCCGAGGGCAAAAUAUUUUCAACUGUGAUUAUAAUCAACCUCCACCCAAGGGUCAGGUUUGUGAUGUGGAUAUAAAGAAUUGGGCGCCAUGUAAUCAAGAAAAUAACUACAGCUACCAUCGUAGUUCACCAUGUGUGUUCUUGAAACUGAAUAAAAUCUACGGUUGGGUGCCAGAAUACUACAACGAUUCACAGGCGCUACCUGAUGGUAUGCCUGACCAGUUGAAAAAGUUCAUUAAGAGUGAGGAAACCACCGCAAAAGAAAGGAUGAACACAAUUUGGAUAUCCUGCGAAGGUGAAAAUCCUGCAGAUGAAGAGAAUCUCGGCCCAAUCAGAUACAUUCCAACACAAGGUUUCCCUGGAUAUUUCUAUCCUUAUCAGAAUUCGGAAGGCUAUUUGAGUCCACUGGUGGCUAUUCAUUUUGAGAGACCAACACAGGGCAUCUUAAUCAACAUUGAAUGCAAGGCGUGGGCGAAAAACAUCAUCCAUGACCGAAAAGAUAGAAUAGGAUCUGUACAUUUCGAGUUGCUAAUCGAUUAAUACCAAAUAAAAACUAAACGCCUAUUACGCAAACAAAGUUAGUAUAGAAAUUUGUAAUAAAUUUAACAGUAAUUUAAAAACUAAGCAAUAAUUUACUUGACAAAGUAGAGAAACAAACAUCAAAAGAUGACGAUUGACCACCAUCACAAAGACCGUAAAACAAACCGAGAAAAAUGUCCAACCACAAGGACAUAGGGUAAUGAAAUGAACCUCACCGAAUAAAUCUCUAAAAUCAAAAAGACAGUCGAAAGAUAUUGCCUUAAAAUUUACACUACUAAAAAAUGAAUCUAUUUAUGAGAGAAAAGAUAUAUAGAUAUGGAUAGAAAUGCUCCUUUGCGCCUAUUUUUGACAAUUUAGGAAGUUCCAAAAAGCUUUAUCAAACCAAGAGAAUUGUCAACAUCUUUUUGAAAACAAGGAUUUAAAACGAAUUAUAACUGUUGCACCUCGACAAAUGAAAUAGUACUAAUUCCAAAUGGACUGCCAUUAACAAUUUUCCAUUCCGAUAAAUUAAAAAAAAAAAAGAAAAAAUUAAACGAAAGAGGAAAUUAAAUAAUUUUAUAUUCGAAAAAAUAUUAAUCCUCUUCUGGGCCUCUGUAUCUUUUUCUUAAAUCUUUUUAUUUUUCUCGAAAAUUGUACCGAAUCUCUUUAUGCUAAAUAUUAUGUGUUUCAAUUUCAUAGAAUUUUAGCUCCUUCAUCGUCUAUUUUUUUGUAAUUUGUGUUUAAUUGUUAAUUUUUAAGGACAUUUCGCUGCACUUAAAUCGAUCACAUUUUACUUCAUGAGAGAGAAAAUUCCUUUUUUUCUGUUGUUCAAGAUUUGUAUGUAUAUUUAGUAGAGAAGAUAUGUAUGCUAUUUUGUUUGUUUUGGUAUUUAAAAUACGUUCGAAAACGUUUUGAAGUCACGUUAGGAGAGAUGAAAGUUUUGAAAUAAAUUAUUUUAAAAGAU